ACACGAAGUACCCGUUCCUAUGACGGUCGAGUGAGUCUGCGAAUGCGCAUGCGCGGAGUACGGAAAAGACCAUUUUUCACUCCUAGCAGUUAAAACUGGUCUUUUCAGCACUGUGCGCAUGCGCUGUCGUAAACAAAUCUGACGUUAUGCGGCCGUAAACUCAAUCUCGAACUUCGUGAAAAACGCCCAACAUACUCUUGUUACAUAAAGAAUCGUGUGCAACAAGAAGGCAGCGGUCCUUUCUCUUUUAAGAAAAAGGAACUAUGCACAUCAAUUCGAUUUUAUUUCUUGUACUUUGUUAAAUAUCAACACUCCUUAACAUCUGCCCAAUCGUUUUUAUUUGUACAUUCAUACGUAUCUUUUCUUAUCGUUAGCGGGAAGACAUGUGGAUGUAAGGUCUUGUUGCAGGCAAUCCGCCACGCGGAUGAAACAGAGAUAUGACUGCGGACUACUUUUGUCGCAAUGAAACACUCGGAAAUCAGUAUGAAUCAUCCGAAUCACCAAUGUCGUUGGACUUGACGUGUAUUCCCACUUGACAGUGGUUUGCGGAGUCGUGGCACUGUGAACAGUUUACGAUGAGGUUUCUCGGGACUCAAGGGGAAAUUCAACACCUGUCGUUCCGCCCGUAUACAUGAAACAAACUAUUAUUACGGUGCAACCACACAAUCAGAACGGUACAAAUAGAGCACAAAGAGUCCCAGUUCCAGUCAACACAACCGAAUGGGUUUCGACGCCGCGAAGUCAACUGAAUCCGCUCAUCGGAACGGACUUUUUAAAUGGAAUCGAGCAGCUUGAAAUUCAACAGACAGUACAACUGAGCACUUUACUAGGUGAAACGAAGUCGGGAAAUCAAUAUAGAGUCAAAGUUCCCAGAGCCGAGACAAUAUUUCUAGCCACGGAAACAUCCACCGAAUGCCAACGCGAUAUCUUGGGUUCCUCCAGAGGUUUCAGUUUGACUUUGACAGAUCCCACGGGACAAGAUGCUUUCAAAUUUACAAAAAGUCCAGGCUGGGGUUGCGUACCUGGAUUUUUACACAAAAUGUUUGUCGAUUGCACGGAUCCGAUCGGAAGUAUAGAGCAGAACUUUACACUUCUUGGGCCUAGCUUUACGGUGUACAAUAAUGCACGGAACCCCCUGUGCAAAAUAUAUGGACCUAAUAUGUUUUGCUGUUGCAUAUCGAGAGAUACCCAAUUCCAGAUAGUAUCUGUCGAUGGAACACAUCAGAUUGCUUCCCUCAUACGCCAAUGGGAUCACAUACUACUAGAUUAUACGAUAACGUUGACUGUGCCAGCAGGUACAAAUGUGAACCUCAAAGGUUUGCUACUCGGAGCUGCAUUUUUGUUGGAAUAUUUGUAUUUUUCACGCUUGAAGAAAUCUUGAUACUGAUAACACAUAGCAAAACGGCUACUUACAAAUAAUAAGCCUUUCUGCAGUCAAAGAACAUUAAAGAGUGCAAGGGAACGACUCUUCUUACACUGUCGAAUUGCUUCAAAUUUUUUCCUUAUACAAUAUUAUAUGAAAUGUAUAAUGUAAAGCAAAUAAAUUUGAUUUGACCAUCCUCGAAACUUGAAAAAUGUCAACGAAUAUAUUCACUUAUAUAUAAUACGAGCACAUAACAACUUAAUAACUAGUACAAAGAAUGGUCACAGAACUUUGCAUGUUUGAUCUGAAAAAAAAAUCCAUUCCUGUACAACCAGAGCACUCGUUUCAAAUUCCUUGUAGGGCUUGUAGGUAUCAGUCAAUGCCUAUUCGGAUUAACGAGUAUUUGAAUUUAAAAUCGCUGUCAAGACCUGCAUCUGUUUUCAUGUUUCAUCAAUUUUAUUUUAUAGUUGAAUGAGAUAAGCUCACGUAGUCUAUAACCGCAUAUUAUUUCAAUUUUGAAAUGUACGACGGUCAAAUAAACUUGGGCACAC